AUGGCCAGUGGAAGCAGGAUACCUUGCAGGUUUGAGGUUGGCGAUAGUGUAUUAUGUUUCGAGCCCGACCCGACAAAGGCUAGAAUUUUGUAUGAGUCCAAGGUAACCAAUGUCGAUUUCAUUAAAGAUGAAUCUGGAAAGAAGACGCCACACUACCGCAUCCAUUUUAAGGGAUGGAGUCACAGCUGGGACAGAUGGGUAUCAGAGACCAAUAUUUUAGAAUAUAAUCAAGAAAAUUUACGGUUUCAAGCGGAACUUCAAAAAAAAUUUACAAAGAAAAAGAAUGGCCGAACAAAACAUUCGCAAGAUAAAGACAAGCGCAAUGAAAGUAUCCGUAUAUCUGAUGACGAUUCGGAGAGUGUUAGGUCCCCAGCUUUGAUUGAGAAUAAUGGGCUAUUCAGUUAUGCUGACAUAGAAUUAAACAUUCGCUUAAAGAUGGAGUUAGAAAAUGACUGCAUUCGUGUGAAACGCAAAAACUUGCUUGUAAGAUUACCUAAGAGUCCGAACGUGUUAGACAUUCUUAAGAGCUAUUAUGAACAUGCAGAGACUUCCUUAAUGGAAGGAGAUAAGAAUGGUCAUAACAUCUUACGAGAAAUUUUAGAAGGAAUUCGAAUUUAUUUCGAUUUUACCCUUCCGACAUUACUUUUAUAUAACUGUGAGAAAAUUCAGUAUAAACAGAUACAAAGUAUCAUGACGGGAAGCAACGUUAUUGCACCCACCUUAAAAAAUGGCUCCUUUCAAUCGCAUUCUUCACCAUGUAUGAGUUAA